AUGCCUCUGCUGGCUUCAACCUCAAUCGCCGCUGCGGCGCAUUCAUUACCAGUUACAUUGGCUUUGUCCGGUAUCUUUGGCAGCAUCAGCUUAACUUCUUGGAUAUGCCUGCUCCUACCCCAAUUGUUCGCCAAUUACAAGGCCAAGAGUGCUGAUGGCCUCAGCAUGGCCUUCCUCAUUGUUUGGCUUCUCGGCGACGUUACAAAUCUAAUCGGAGCCAUGUUCACCCGCCUAGCUCCCACCGCCAUUGCCCUAGCAGGCUAUUUCUGCAUUGCCGAUAUUGUCCUCAUCGGCCAGGCCGUUUACUACAACGCCCUCAAUGCCCGUCGAGCGAGUCGUUCCGAAGAAGCCAGACCAAUUGAUCCCUCAGAGGAAUCACCUCUCAUCAGCCGGCCACGCAGGCGAAGCUCUUCCUAUGGCCUCCCAGGGUCUCAGCGCCGCCACGCGACGCAUACCGAGUCCUCAAUGGAGCCAUUGAGGAAGAUUGUGACCGGCGAAGACGACACACCGGAUAGCAGCCCUUGGAUCCACAACACUCUGAGCCUGCUCGCUGUAUACGUCAUUGGGUUUGCUGGCUGGUUUGUCUCAUACAAGGUUGGUGCCUGGGAAAGUGGUGACCCUGGUACCCCCGAUGCGCCUGAAGAUACACAGACCCCAAUGGAGCUCGCGGGACUCAUCUUGGGAUACAUCAGUGCAAUCCUAUAUCUAUGUGCUCGAAUCCCCCAGAUCAUCAAGAAUCACCGUGAAAAGUCUUGCGAAGGCCUCGCAUUGCUUUUCUUCAUGCUCUCCAUGAGUGGAAACCUCACGUAUGGUAUCAGCCUGAUUGCCUAUUCCCAAGACAAGAAGUACCUGCUCAACGCGCUUCCUUGGUUGCUUGGCUCCAUCGGCACUAUCGCAGAGGACCUCAUCAUAUUCGCCCAGUUCCGAAUUUACUCCAACAUCAACCGAGAAAGUGCCAUUGAGCCCUGA